AUGAAGCUUGCCACCUCGCUCGUGCUGGGCGCCGCCUCGUCGGCGCUCGCCCUCGACAGCCAGGUUCGCCUGGGCGCUGGCGACGCUCCCGCCGUGGAGAAGAAGCCCCUCAACACCUGGGACGCGAUCCAGCAGGCCAUGACCAAGGCCGGCUCCGAGGCCAAGGCCAUCUGGGACGAGGUGUCGCUGCUCGCGCCCGAUGCCGUCGAGGCCUUCAAGGCGUCGGCGCUCGCUCACAAGCCUAAGCCCGCGAACCGCAGGCCCGACCGCGAGUGGGACCACGUUGUCAAGGGUGCUGACGUUGAGGCUCUCUGGACCUCGGGUGGCGAGAGGACCGUCGGUGGACAGCUCGGUACCUACAACCUCAGGGCGAGGAAGGUUGAUCCUUCGUCGCUCGGUGUUGAUAGCGUGAAGCAGUACAGCGGUUACCUCGAUGAUGAGGAAAAUGACAAGCAUCUAUUCUACUGGUUCUUCGAGUCUAGGAAUGACCCCGAGAAUGACCCCGUCGUUCUCUGGCUCAACGGCGGCCCCGGCUGCUCUCUGACCGGUCUCUUCCUCGAGCUCGGACCCUCGAGCAUCGACAAGAACAUCAAGGUCGUCAACAACCCCUUCUCGUGGAACAACAACGCCUCCGUCAUCUUCCUCGACCAGCCCGUCAACGCUGGAUACUCGUACAGCGGCUCGUCCGUCACAGACAGCGUCGCCGCCGGCAAGGAUGUCUAUGCGCUCCUCAGCCUCUUCUUCCACCAGUUCCCCCAAUAUGCCAGCCAGGACUUCCAUAUCGCUGGCGAGUCGUAUGCUGGACACUACAUCCCCGUCUUCGCCUCGGAGAUUCUCGAGCACAAGAACCGCAACAUCAACCUUAAGAGCGUGCUUAUCGGCAACGGUCUGACUGACGGCUACACCCAAUACGAGCACUAUCGCCCCAUGGCUUGCGGUGAGGGUGGUUACCCCGCCGUUCUUAGUGAGAGCGAAUGCCGCUCCAUGGACAACGCCCUGCCCAGGUGCCAGUCCAUGAUCAACAGCUGCUACAACUCGGGCAGUGCCUGGUCAUGCGUCCCUGCCAGCAUCUACUGCAACAACGCUCUCAUCGGCCCUUACCAGAGGACUGGCAAGAACGUCUACGACAUCCGCGGCGAGUGCGAGGACAACUCCAACCUUUGCUACAAGGGUCUCGGUUACGUCUCCGACUACCUCAACAGGCCCGACGUGAUGGAAGCCCUCGGUGCCGAGGUCUCGAGCUACGACAGCUGCAACUUUGAUGUCAACCGCGGCUUCCUCUUCGCGGGUGACUGGUUCCAGCCUUACCACCGUCUCGUGCCCGAUCUCCUCAAAGAGAUCCCCGUCUUGAUCUACGCCGGUGACGCCGACUACAUUUGCAACUGGCUCGGUAACCAGGCGUGGACUGAGGCGCUGGAGUGGUCCGGCAAGAAGGGCUUCAACGAUGCCAAGCUUGAGGACCUCCACGUUUUGGGCGCCGACGCCGAGACCAAGGGAGACUCGUACGGCAAGGUCAAGACGAGCGGCAACUUCACCUUUAUGCAGCUCUACCAGGCCGGUCACAUGGUGCCCAUGGACCAGCCCGAGGCCUCUCUCGACUUCUUCAACCGCUGGCUCGGCGGCGAGUGGAACGCUUAA